AUGUCGAUGCUGCGAAGAAUCUCGACGCAGUUCAAGCGAAACAAGGAUGGCAAUGGCGAAGCCGAGCCAAAGAGCGCCAAGGAGAACAGCAGUAAGCGCUUCUCCAAAUCCGCUGCACCCCGGAAAGCUCCUUCUCAAGAGGAGAGCCACCCUGUGAAGCGCGAGGAGGUCGAGGCAAUCUUCGACAAGUACGCGCAGGCUAUCCAUGCUUCCCGCGAGCCUCUGCCUAACCAGACCGGCGAUGGCACCUACCUGAAGCAUGACCAGUCCUCAGGACUGUUCAAUGACCUCAAGUCUCUUGGAUUCCGCGACUUGAACACCGUCAAGGACCUGAUCAAACAAAAGGCCUCCGGCGAGCUCAUUGACGAUAAGACAUACAUCAUGGAGCGCAUUAUUCAGCUCGUCGCCGACAUGCCUGGCCACUCCAAGAACCGCACAGAGCUCACAAACCAGUUCCUUGAUGAGCUGUGGAACUCGUUGCCGCACCCCCCUCUCUCCAUGAUGGGCGAUGAUUAUAAAUACCGUUCCGCAGACGGCUCUAACAACAACCCUACCCAGCCUCAGUUGGGUGCGGCUAAUACUCCCUACUGCCGGACCAUUCCUCCUCUCACUAUCCAGCCAAGCGGUUUGCCCGACCCUGGCCUGAUCUUCGACAGCCUGUUCGCUCGUCAGGAGUUCACCCCUCACCCCAACAAGGUGUCCAGUGUCUUCUUCGAUUGGGCUUCCCUUAUCAUCCACGACAUUUUCCAGACAGACUAUCGUCAACCUCACCUUAACAAGACCUCCGCCUACCUGGAUCUUUCCAUUCUUUACGGUGACGUUCAGGAGCAGCAGGACCUGAUCCGCUCCCACCAGAACGGAAAGCUCAAGCCUGAUUGCUUUUCCGAAGGCCGUCUGCAAGCUCUCCCCGCUGCUUGCGGUGUGCUGCUUGUUAUGCUGAACCGUUUCCACAACAAUGUCGUCGAGCAAUUAGCUGAAGUUAACGAGGGCAACCGCUUCCCUACGCCUCACGCUAGGAUGUCCGAAGAGGAACAGAAGCAGGCAUGGGCCAAGCGCGACGAGGAUCUGUUCCAGACUGGUCGUCUGAUCACUUGCGGUCUGUACAUCAACAUCACCCUGUAUGAUUACCUUCGUACUAUUGUCAACUUGAACCGUACCAACUCGACUUGGUGCCUGGACCCUCGCGCCCAGAUGGAGAAGGCCGGUGCCACUCCUUCUGGUCUCGGUAACUCGUGCUCAGUCGAAUUCAACCUGGCCUACCGCUGGCACUCCGCCAUCAGCCAGGGAGAUGAGAAGUGGGUUGAGCAGAUCUACUAUGAUCUCAUGGGCAAGCCUGCCGAAGAGGUCUCUAUGCAGGAGCUUCUUAUGGGCAUGAAGAAGGUCGAAGGUACACUUGAUGCCGAUCCUUCUAAGCGUACGUUCGCCAAGCUGCAGCGCCAGGAGGACGGUACCUUCAAAGAUGAGGAGCUGGUCGCAAUUUUGACUCACGCGACUGAGGAUGUUGCUAGCUCUUUUGGCCCUCGCAACGUUCCCAAGGCGCUGCGUUCCAUCGAGAUUCUUGGUAUGGAGGCUGCCCGCAGAUGGCAGGUCGGUUCCCUCAACGAGUUCCGUAAGCACUUCGGCCUGAAGACCUACGACACCUUCGAGGAAAUCAACUCUGACCCUGAGAUCGCCAACUCUCUUCGUCACCUGUACGAUCACCCUGACAACGUUGAGCUGUAUCCCGGUAUCGUCUCUGAGGAGGCGAAGGAGCCCAUGAUCCCAGGUGUUGGUAUUGCCCCCACCUACACCAUCUCCCGUGCCGUGCUGUCGGAUGCCGUCGCUCUGGUUCGCGGUGAUCGUCACUACACCGUUGACUACAACCCCCGUAACCUGACCAACUGGGGUUACAACGAGUGCCGUUACGACCUGAACAUCAACCAGGGUUGUGUCUUCUACAAGCUGGCCACUCGUGCUUUCCCCAACUACUACAAGCCCGACUCCAUCUAUGCCCACUACCCCAUGACCAUUCCUAGCGAGAACCGCAACAUCAUGAAGAACCUGGGCCGUGAGCAGGACUACUCCUACGAGGCUCCCUCUUUCCUGCCCAGCCGUGCCAAUCUGUCUUCUCACCAGAACGCUAAGCUGGUCAUGAACAACCCCAAGGAUUUCACCACCUCUUGGAGCAGCUCCAUGGAGGAGCUCUUUGGCAAGGGUGACUUCAAUGCUGAGCAGCAGCAGGCUAUGGGCAAGGCAUUCAGCACCGAGGAGUUCCCUGGCCUGGUGAAGAAGUUCUACGAGGAUGUAACCAGCCGUCUCAUCUCUCAGAAGGGCGCUAAGCUGGCCAAGAUCAACCAAGUUGAUAUUACCCGUGAUGUCGGCAACCUGGCCCACAUUCACUUUGCCUCGACCCUUUUCGGUCUUCCCUUGAAGACCGAGGAGAACCCCAACGGACUAUUCACUGAGCAUGAGAUGUACAUGGUCUUGACCACCGUCUUCUCCGCUCUGUUCUUCGACGUUGAUGCUACCAAGUCCUACUCCCUGGACCGUGCCGCCACUGCUGUUGCUCAGCAGCUCGGCCAGGUUGUUGAGGCUACCGUCAAGGCCGACACCAACAGUGGACUUCUGUCCGGCUUGAUGAACAGCUUCCGUCCCCACGACAAUGCUCUUCGCGAGUACGGAACCAGUGCCCUCCGCCGUCUGGAGGAGGCUGGUCUCAACUCCAAGGAGAUCACCUGGUCCCAGAUCAUCCCAACUAUCGUUGGAUUGGUCCCCCACCAGGGCCAGGCCUUCACUCAGGUCAUUGAGUACUACACUGGCGAGGAGGGCAAGAAGCAUCUUUCUGAGAUCAACCGUCUGGCUAAGGAGGAAUCCAAGGAGAACGACGAGAAGCUCUUCCGUUACUGCCUGGAGGCCAUCCGUAUCAACGGUACCUUCGGCGCUUACCGCCAGGCUGUACGUGACAUCACUGUUGAAGAUGAUGGCAAGACCAUUGGGAUCAAGGCCGGCCAGGAGGUCUUCGCCUCUUACGUCCAGGCCAACCACGAUCCCAGCAUAUUCCCCGAGCCCAACGAGGUCAACCUCGACCGUCCCCUUGACUCCUACCUCAGCCAGGGUGCGGGCGCCAACACUGGUUUCGGCCAGGAGAUCACCAAGGUCGCUCUCGUCUCUAUGCUCCGUGUCGUCAGUCGCCUGGAGAACCUCCGCCGUGCUCCUGGUGCCCAGGGUCAGCUCAAGAAGAUCCCCCAGGAGGGUGGGUACUAUGUCUACCUCCGCCAGGAUGGUACUUCGUACUUCCCCUUCCCUAUGUCGCUCAAGCUCCACUGGGACGGCGAUUACACCUUCAAGCAAUAA